AUGUCAGGCGAGACGAGCGCACCGGGAGCCUCUCCCAGGGCCCCGCGUCCCGGAGCCCAGAAGGCAUCUGGUGCCGUGACCAAGAAGGGGGAGCGCGGGGCCAAGGAGAAGCCGGUGACCAUCUUGCAGCCAGUAGGCGAGGAGGAGCCCAAAAACCCAGAGGAAUACCAGUGCUCCGGGAUCCUGGAGAUCGACUUCGCCGAGCUCUGCAUGCGGUCAAGCUACACAGACUUCCCCAAAGUUGUCACCCGGCCCCGCCCUCACCAGCCCUUCGUCCCUUCCGCCUCCAUGUCGGAAAAGCCAGCCGUAGAGGAGCAGCGACUGCUGUCGGGAUCCUGCAGCAUCAAUAGCCUGGAGAGCAAAUACGUGUUCUUCCGGCCCACCAUCCAGGUGGAGCUGGAGCAGGAGGACCCCAAGUCCGUGAGGGAAAUCUACAUCCGAGGUUGGAAGGUUGAGGACCGCAUCCUGGGUAUCUUCUCUAAGUGUCUGCCUCCCCUCAGCCAGCUGCAGGCUAUCAACUUUUGGAAAGUGGGACUAACUGAUAAGACGUUGACCACCUUCAUCGCCCUUCUGCCUCUCUGCUCACCCACACUCAGGAAGGUGUCUCUGGAAGGGAAUCCAUUGCUGGAGCAGUCAUAUCACAAGCUCAUGGGGUUGGACAGCAUGAUUGUGCAUUUGUCUCUGAGGAACAACAACAUCGACGAUUACGGGGCGCAGCUGUUGGGCCAGGCUCUGUCCACACUUCACAGCUGCAACAAGACUCUCAUCUCACUCAACCUGGGAUUCAACCACAUCGGGGACAAGGGCGCGGGCCACAUUGCGGAUGGCCUCAGGCUGAACCGCUCCCUACUCUGGCUGUCCCUGGCCCACAACCGCAUCCAGGACAAGGGAGCCCUGAAGCUGGCCGAGGUCCUGCGCCCCUUCGAGCUGACACACACUGAGGUGGUGGAGCGUCGGCGCCUCUUGCUGGAGAAAGGGACGCAGGAGCGAUUGCGAUCGCCUUCCUCCUCUCGACAUGCGGACUUCAAAACCGACCGUGAUAAGAAUCAGAUGAUAGGGGCCAGCAGUGCUACACUGUCGGACAAGCUAGACAAGUUGCCGGCAACGAAAACCCCCAAGAGCCUGGGCAAGAAAAAAGAGAAGUCAGGGGAAGUGGUCAAGAAAGAGGAGAAGUCAGGGCCUGGGCAGUCCCCAACACAAGGAACCCCUAAGAAAGAAGAUGCCUCAAAAGCAGGCAAAGGGAAGAUACCCAUCCCUGAGCAGAAGCUGACCAAGGGGAAAGGGACCAAGACCGGGAGCAAAGAGAAGCGGAGCAUCCUCCUGGAGUCAGAGCUGGUUGCUGAAACUACGGAGAUGGUCAACCCUCUCCUGGAGCCUGUGGCACAUCGAGAUGGGAAAGUUUACAUGCCUGGGAACAAGGUCCUUUUGCAUCUCAACCUCCUCAGGAACCGUAUCACAGAGGUGGGGCUGGAGGGCUUCCUUGCUGCAGUGCAGUACCAGGUGGAGUUUUCCAAGUCCAAGAGUGCAUCCAAGGGCCCCACUGGGCUGCUUUGGCUGUCCCUGGCGAAAAAUUACUUCUCCCCACAAUGUGCUGCGUAUACCACAAUCCAGGAGCUGAUGCUGCCAAGGGACCCCAUGAAUAAGGCCAAACCCAGGGAGGAGGAGACCUUGGGUUGCUCCGUCUAG